GUGAAGACUAAACCAGAUUUGAUUUCAGAUGUAACAAGUUAAUCUGAUGUUAUGAUGGCUGCUACUUAUUUAACGUCUCUCCUGUUGAUAUUAGCGUGUAAAAUAUAUGUUGUGUCCACCGAAGAAUGCACAUUGGUAACUGGAACUUCUGGGACCAUUGCAAACGAAAAGCGUGCCAAUAUCUAUUCGAAAUGUUGGCAUAUCAUUGUCCCGCAAAAUAGUAAUAUACAUAUCACAAUGGAAUCGUUUGGGUCAGAAAUGGACUGCAGAACUACUAAAGUGGAAAUUUCUGUAAUUGAUAGAAAUGAAAUAUACUUCUUUUGUCCCAAACGAUACGGCUUUUAUGAACGCCCCAACUGGGAUAUCUUGAUUUUAAACGAUGAUUUAAGGGUGGAGCACAAAAUAUUAGAAGUUGAUAGUGCUAAAACAAGCCGUUUUUCCAUUAGAUAUCACUUUGAAAAUCUUCCGUGCUCUCCCGAAGAUAACUUCCAAUGCGACGAUGGCGGAUGCAUUCCUAAAACUCAACAAUGCGAUGGAACUGAACAGUGUUCCGAUGGCUCGGAUGAAAAGGAAUGCGGAAACUAUACUCCUAUACUUUAUGGCUUGAAUAACAGUCUUAAUAGCGGAAUUCAGUGGCUGAAAAGGAAAUGGUCUCAAACUUCUGGUUGGCAAGAAAAUACUCAUAGAGGAAUUACUGCAUUGUUUCUAGCUAGCGACAGAAAUAUCAAGAAAGCAAAUUUGGAGGGCAAUCUAAUGGUAAAACAGUUAGAGGUGCAGACAUUGGUUUAUCUAUUAAGGAAAGAAACAGAUUCAGUGACUGCUAAUCAGUUAAGCAUGUUUAUUAAUGCACUGAUUGUGACUUGUCAAGAUCCCAGCAACUUUUAUGGUCACGAUUUGGUGAAACUGCUGAAAGAGGUUCCGGUUUCAUCUGCCUUCACUCAUCCUGUGGCAUAUCUAGCUCUCUGCAAUGCCGGUGCUACAUUACCAGUGAAUGCAUCCAACGAUCUCAGCAACCUUUUGAAAACUAAUACAGAAUAUUCUUUUCUUUUAGAAGUCCAAGCAAUGGCUGUCAUGGCCCUUUCGUGUUUGAAGGCCGAUGAUCAAAAUGUCUUGAACUUUCUAUUUCCACUAAACGAUUACGUAGAAGCAGUGAGAAAGUUUAAAGAACUUCAGCUCGAAGAUGGAAGUUUCGGAAACAUCUACACUACUGCAGUUGUCACCCAAGCACUACUUUCGGCUGACCAGCAAAAGAACCAAGAUUGGAAUUAUAAUAAGACAGUAAACCAUUUGAUUCAUUACUUGAAUUCAUCCUCUGUUGACCUCCAAAGUGUAUAUUUAAUAAUUCCAAUUUUAAAUGGGAAAAGCCUAUCGCAUAUUAAAAACACUGAUUGCUCGACUAAAACGCAACGAGAUUCUGUAUCCGAUAUUAAAAGCAAGUUGGGUUCGAAAAUGCGUGUGCAGUACUCCCUCAAUUUAGGAGAUGAAAAGGACAUCAUCCACACCAUUUCGCUUCGAGUACCACAGAACAUAACGAUCUUCGAGGUCAUGCAAUUAGCACAAGACGCAGAUUCUAAAUACAAAUUUCGAGCGAAGAAAAUGAAAGAAAAACUAUACAUCUAUGACAUAGCAAGAAUAACUAACGAUGUUGAGGAUGGUAAAUUUUGGUUGUUGUAUGUUGGAAAUGAUGCUGAAUCUGUUAGACUUACUAAUGAAAGUCCGGAUAAAGUCAUUGUACAAGAUGGAGCGCAUAUAACUAUGUGGUACAAGAAAGCACAAGUUUGAUUUUUCGGAGAUUUAUAUUGUAAUAAACUGUAAUUUUAUGUUUUGUGAGAUUAAAUAAAAC